UCUCCUAAAAUAAACACUAAAAAAGUAAACUGAAGGACAUUCCAAUGAAUGAAACUUUAGGCCAUGCUUAGCCACCCUCUCCAUCUUAAUUAGUGAUGUGUUAAACUAAUGGCCAAACUUUUUGGUGAGUGUAGUUGAGACCAAAUAUAAAAUUAAGGUCAAAAAGAGCACUUCCUUUUUGUUUCUCUACAUUAAACAAUUAAAUAGUGCACCAAAUCAAUUUCCAGGCUUGCCAAUUGUCAUAUCAAUCAGUGUAAAUGAAUAAUCCUAACAAUGGGAGAAGCUUCAGUGGUUGAAAAUGAUGUUAUGUGAAGUGUAAAAAUAAAGAAGAAAGUAGUUGGGAGAGCCCCUUGAAGAAAGCAUUGAGAUCUGUGCUAUGAUACCUGAGAUUCCGUUUGCUUCACGAACAAGUUGAAAAAGAAAAGAUUUUCCUUCCUACUGUCUUUUUUUUUUCCCUACCAGUACCACCAACUGCUACAGAGGGGAAAAAAGAAAAAGGUGUUCCAAGAAACCAAGUUUGGCUCUUUCUUGCCUAAGAGAAUAAUCUUUUUACCUUUUUGUUUUGUUAUCUUUCUUAUUUUCCAAAGUAAAGAAAAUGCCGUUGGAGUAGGAAGUUUAGAGGGGAAUUGUAAGGCACAAGAUUUCACUUUUCUCAAUUCUCAACCGUUAUUAAGCUCUCCUAUUUUCUUCACUGCAGUUUCUCAGUCACCAUUUUUCAAGAUUUCAAGGGUGAUACCAUUGUUGCUAGGUGAUGCAAAUGGAUGAUACUCAACGUUGAUCUCUUAUGGCAGCUUGAGUUGACUUGGGAAGUCCAGGAGCAAAUAGGAAAUCAUAUUUAUUCCUAAUUAUUAAAAUGAUUAAGCUACACUCAACAGUAGCUCUGCUUGCUCUUUCUUUGUUUCCGAUUUUGCUCCUCUUCCCAAAAGUUAUUGCUGAUCUAAGCUCAGAUAGACAAGCGCUACUUGACUUUGCUUCUGCAGUACCUCAUCUUCGAAAUUUCAAGUGGAACACUAACUCUUCCAUUUGCACAUGGCAUGGCAUCGGUUGCAACUCAGAUGGCAGUCGUGUAGUUGCGCUUCGGCUUCCUGGUAUUGGACUCUAUGGUCCUAUUCCAGAUAAUACAAUAGGAAGACUGGAUGCACUAACAACUCUCAGCCUUCAUUUCAAUGGGCUGAGUGGCAAUCUUCCUUCUGACAUCACCUCUCUUCCUUCCCUCCGUUUCAUAUUUCUCCAACGAAACCAAUUUUCUGGCGAAAUCCCUUCCGCUCUAUCUCCACAGCUCAACUUUAUAGAUCUCUCGUUCAACUCGUUCUCUGGAAAAAUUCCAACAGCAAUUCAAAAUCUGACCCGCCUUACUAGUUUGAACCUACAAAACAACUCGCUGACUGGAUCCAUUCCUAAUUUGAACCUUCCAAGGCUUACGCAAUUGAAUAUGAGCAAUAACCAACUCAAUGGUUCAAUUCCACCAUCCCUUGCAAAGUUUCCCGCUUCUUCAUUUCAAGGAAAUUCUCUAUUAUGCGGACAACCCUUGACUCAAUGCUCUUCUUUUGCACCUUCACCUUCUCCAUUCCCUUCAAUUUCACCUUCUCCUUCGCCUUUGAGUCUAACACCACCAUCUCGUUCUCCAAGUGUCCUGCCAUCCUCACCAGCAAUUCCUGAAAAGCAGAAAGGCAAGAAAAGCUUAAGUACAGGGGUUGUCAUUGGCAUUGUUGCGGGGGGUGUUGCAGGGAUCCUCAGUCUAGCUGUGUUGAUUUUCUUGUGUUUUAUGAGGCGAUAUUAUAGUAAGAGAGGUGUUCAGGAAAGAAAAGACUUUAAUGGAGGAGGAAGUCCGAAGCCAACAGAGGACUUCAGUAGUGGAGUACAAGCAGCUGAAAAGAACAAAUUGGUCUUCUUUGAGGGUUGUUCUUUCAAUUUUGACCUCGAAGAUCUGUUGAGAGCCUCAGCUGAGGUUUUGGGUAAAGGGAGCUAUGGAACAACCUACAAGGCCAUCUUGGAGGAGGGAACAACUGUUGUUGUGAAACGGCUCAAGGAAGUUGUUGUUGGGAAACGAGAGUUUGACCAACAGAUGCAGAUAAUUGGCACUGUGGCUCAGCAUCGAAAUGUUGUUGCUCUUCGUGCUUAUUACUUUUCCAAGGAUGAAAAACUUCUUAUCUAUGAUCAUGUACAGGCAGGCAGUUUAUCCACUCGAAUGCAUGGCAAUAGGGACUUGGGAAGAACACUGGAUUGGGAAUCUAGAUUGAGGAUUGCCCAUGGAGCUGCAAGUGGUAUUGCCCAUAUCCAUUCUGUUGCUGGUGGAAAAUUAAUUCAUGGCAAUAUCAAGUCAUCCAAUGUGCUUCUCACACACGAUAAUAGUGGAUGCAUCUCAGAUGUUGGUCUUACUCCUCUAAUGGGCUCUCCUACUAUCCCAUCUAGGAGUGCAGGAUAUAGAGCACCCGAGGUUAUCGAGACUAAGAAAUGUACUCAGAAAUCCGACGUUUACAGCUUUGGUGUUCUACUUCUUGAACUCCUUACUGGCAAAGCACCAGUGCAGCCACCUGGCCAUGAUGAGGUGGUAGAUUUACCCAAAUGGGUGCAGUCUGUUGUCAGGGAGGAAUGGACUGCUGAGGUGUUUGAUACCGAGCUCAUCAAGUUUCAAAAUAUCGAAGACGAGAUGGUGCAGAUGCUGCAGAUUGCAAUGGCCUGUGUGGCAAAUAUGCCAGAAACAAGGCCUGAUAUGAACCAAGUUGUCCAGAUGAUUGAGGAUAUCCAGCAAUCUGAUUCUGGAAACAGGCCAUCAUCUGAAGAUAACAAGUCUAGGAGCCCAACUAGUCCAACACCAUGAUUAUUCAUGCAUUUCUCAUACUCCAUUCUAUUACCAAAUGUGCAUUUGAACUUUUUCUUUUUAAGUAUAAUUCAGACCUUUUAGAUAUCAUUCUCCAUGACUGCCUCUAUCUGACUGAUUCUGUAAAAUCAAUUAUUAAUUCAAUCCUAUUGGAUUUAGCUUUAU